AUGUCACAAUCCAGACGUCUACUCAAAUCAAUCCCUACAAGGCCAAUCUCCUCAAUCCACCGCCCACAACCAAAGUCCCCCCUCCCACCAACCACCCCAUCAUCAACCUUCCACACCACGCCCCCCCGCCCCAUCGACACCUCUCCCCCCGCCCCCCCAUCCACCACCACCCUUCUCUUCUCCGAAAACCAACCCCCCACCCUCCCCCCACGCGCCGCCCUCCUCCUCCCCACCUGGCACCCCACCCCCUCCGGCAAAGGCCUAACCCGCACCUUCACCUUCCGCUCCUUCUCGGCAGCCUGGACCUUCAUGAGCCUCGUCGCGGAAGAAUGCAAGGUGCAGAAACACCAUCCGAGUUGGUCGAAUGCGUAUAAUCGCGUGACUGUCGAGUGGACUACGCAUCGGCCUGAGGGGUUGAGUGUCAAGGAUGUGGAGAUGGCGGAGUUUUGCGAUCGGGUUGCUGGGGGGAUGGGCGUGAAGGCGUGAAGUCUUGUUCUUUCUCUGCUGGUUUGGUGUGUUGAGAAGGUGUUAAGCCAUUGGAAGUGGAGGUUGGGGUUGAGAUUAAGAUAGUGGAGUGUAACAACAUCCAUAUUCAUAUUUCAUGUUCAAGUCCAAUGUACAAUACAACCGCCAAAUACC